CCGCCAUCCCGCUGCAGCCGGCGGUGCGCCCCUCCCGACCACCGCCCGCGACGACGAGCAGCCCAGUGCACCCACUGCGCACCGCCGCCGCCAUGUCCUUCUUCGGCUUCGACACGGCCCUGCCGCGCGACCGCGCCGCGUCGCCGCCGCAGCUCGACGACGAGCCCGACGACGCCCUCGACGCCAAGAUCCGCGGCCUCGCCCUCGGCGCGCGCGAGGACGUCGAGAUCUACACGUGGGGCGGCGACGGCUACGACGGCCUCGGCGACCUGCUCGACGAGGGCGGCGACGAGCUCAACGACGACACGUUUGGCGUCGCCGACGUCGGCCGCGACUUUGACUUUGCCGGCCAGACCAACGCCAACGCCCAGGCGCACCUCGGCCUGCCCGCGGCGGCGCCGCGCAAGGCCAACGAUGCCGCUUUUGCCUCGACGCUCGACGACUUCUGGGGCCUGCCGCCGUCGCUGCCGCCGCGGCAGGAGGUCUGGGGCGCACCGCCGCCCUCGGCUCCCAAGCCGCCGGCUGUACCGCAGUCCGCGCCCUUCGGCCAGGCUCGAACGCUUGAGGAGGUCGAGGCCGAGCUGCGCAGACAGGCGCAGCCGCGCCCUGACGCUGCCUUCCAGCAGCAGCAGCAGCAGCAGCCGCAGUCGCAGCCGCAGCAGCAGCAGCACAGGCCUCAGGGACCGGCCACGCCCACGCCGCGCCAGCCCGGCGCGCCGCUGACGCUGGAGGAGGUCGAGGCUGAGAUGCGUGCCAACGCACAGCGCGCGAGUGCCGCUGCGGCGCCUCCGCAGUCGCAGCCGCCGCCGCAGCCCAUGCAGCAGCAGCAGCAGCAGCAGCAGCAGCAACAGCCUCCGCAGCAGAUGCCUGCGUCACAGGCGCCGCCGCAGAUGCAGCAGGGUCCGCCGCAGCUGCCUGGCUUCCCGCCGCUCGGCGCCCAACCGCCCAUGCCCACCGGACCGGGCCAUUUCCCGCCGCUGGGCGCGCCGCUCGAUGGGCCGGACUUCCGCAACGGUGCGCCGUCUGGUCUGCCGCGCGGCAUGCCGCCGGCCGCUGCUGCGAUGCAUGCCGCCGCCGAGCGCAACGCCGCCGCGCGCGCCCAGCACAUGGCGCAGCUGCGUGCCAUGCUCGAUGCGCUGCCCGCGCCCGUGCGCGACAUCAUCCUGCGUCUGCCGCCGCACGCGCAGUUUGCGUCGCUCGAGGGCGUCGUCGCGCAGUUCCCCGGCCUGCUGCGCCCCGACGAGCAGGAGGCCGCGUCGCGCCCGGCCAUGGGCGUGCUCGAGGAGAUCGAGCGCGCCGAGAUGCGCCUGGCGCGCCGCGCCAUGAAGAUUCAGGCGAUGUCCAACUACAACAACCUGAUGACGCUCUCCGACAAGGACUUCAUCACGCGCAUCCAGGUUUCCGGCCUCGUCACGCAGGACCCGUACGCCGACGACUUCUACGCGCACAUCUACUUCCAGCUGCGCGGGCCCGGCGCCGGCGCGGCGGGCAACCCGGGCCUGAUGGGUGCGGCUGCCGCCAGCGGCGACAAGGCGCCGCCGCGCGGUCCGGCCAAGGGCCGCAAGGGCCGCAGCGGGCGCGACCAGGCCAUGGCGCGCAUGCAGGCGCAGGUCGAGCGCAUUGUGCAGAACCGCAAGGAGCGCAGCGAGAAGGCCGCAGCGGGUGCGGCGCUCGAGGGCGCGCUUGGCCGCGUGGGCACGUCGAGCGCAAAGGCGCCGCGCCAGAUGCUGCAGGUCGAUGCGCGCUCCGGCACGCCGACGCCGGGCGCCAAGAAGGCUGCGGCUGACGGUGUCGAGGAGGGCGCCGGCAGCGCACAGGAUGCCGUUCGUGCGGCGCUGCAAGGCGCCAGUCUGGCACACGAGGCGAUCCUGCCCGACGGCAAGCGCCCGCCGCUCGGCCGUCACGUCGUGCUGCGCAUCCUCGAGAAGCUCUACGACACGCUGCUCGCGCUGGAGCAGCUGCGGCGGAGCGUGCCUGGGCCCGCACCUGGCAGCAACGAGCCCGAGGCGGAGGCAAUGGCAGCGUGGACUGCCCAGCAGACGGAGCUCGUGGCGACGCUCUGGUCGGAGCUGCGCGUGCUCGAGCCGCUUGAGGUCAGCGACCCGCACCCGUUCAUCAGCCUGCUCUCGAGCGUCAAGGGCAAGCGCAUCCUGCCGCGCGCGCUGCGGCAUCUGAGCCAGGAGCAGAUCCUCACGGCGCUCACGCUCGUCGUCGCGUCGUUCGACACGCUCGACGUCGUGCGGCAGGCGGCGGUGCUUGACCUGCCUGUCGAGGGCCAGAACGACCAGAUCCGCGAGCUGCGCAAGGAGGUCGUGCGGCAAACAGACGCUUUCGGCACGGCCGUUGUGCCGGCGAUGCUUGGCCUGAUGGCCACCGCGCCGAUGCGCAUCGUGUCGGGCAUGCUGGCGCUGUUCGUCGAGCGCAAUGACCUGAUCCGUGUGGCGCAGACCAAGCCGGGCAUUGCGUUCCUCACGAUCUUCCUCUCGCGCGCCGAGACGCUGCGCCAGGGCGGCGCUGCGGCCUCGGGCGUCGACGCGCCGACGGCCGACGAGGCGACGCAGUGGUCCGAGAUCUUCGGGCUGCUUUUCUCGCGCCUCACGACCGUUGGCGUCCUGCCGUCGCUCUUCCCAUCGACGCGUGUGCGCGCCGCGCUGCCGUUCGGCACGUCGUACUACGCCGGCGGCGCCGCGGCCGAGAAGAACGUCGACGCCGAAGACGAGCCGGUGUGGAACCUGAUGGCCGCGCUGGCCGUCAGCUCGACGAUGGCGCAGCAGCAGAUCCUCGUGCAGGAGCUCAAGGACAAGAUUCUCGAGAACGUCUUUGCCGCCAAGGAGUGGGCCGAGCGGACAGGCAGUGCCGGCGAGGGCGACUUGCGCAUCCGCAACGUGAACCUGCUGCUCCACGCUCUCAACCUCGACGCCACGCAAAUUACCGUCUAAGACGGCGGCUCCUCACGGACGGCAGCAUCAGCCCCUGGCCUCAGUCAAUCAGAUAUCGAUCCAUCACGCAGAGCAAAGGCGGC